AUUUUCGGGGACACAAGCCGUCGUCAUAAUGCAGAAAUAUGAGAAAUUAGAAAAGAUUGGCGAAGGUACAUAUGGCACUGUAUUUAAAGCAAAGAAUAGAGAAACACAAGAAAUCGUAGCACUGAAAAGAGUUCGUUUGGAUGAUGAUGAUGAAGGUGUACCAUCAUCUGCACUUCGGGAGAUUUGCUUAUUAAAAGAACUGAAGCACAAGAACAUUGUACGUCUGCAUGAUGUGCUACACUCCGAUAAAAAGCUGACGUUAGUUUUUGAGCAUUGUGACCAAGAUCUCAAGAAAUAUUUUGACAGUCUCAAUGGUGAAAUAGAUCCAGACAUAGUAAAAUCUUUCAUGUAUCAACUUUUACGAGGACUUGAGUUUUGUCAUAGUAGAAACGUUCUUCACCGAGACCUGAAACCCCAAAAUCUUCUCAUCAAUAAGAAUGGUGAGUUAAAGCUGGCUGAUUUUGGUUUAGCCAGAGCCUUUGGUAUACCUGUACGUUGUUAUUCUGCGGAAGUUGUGACACUCUGGUAUCGACCUCCAGAUGUACUCUUCGGAGCCAAGUUAUAUAAUACUUCAAUCGACAUGUGGUCUGCUGGCUGUAUCUUUGCUGAAUUGGCCAACGCUGGCCGACCACUGUUUCCUGGAAGCGACGUGGACGACCAGCUCAAGCGCAUCUUUAAGCUCUUGGGCACGCCUACCGAGGACACCUGGCCUGGCAUGACUUCACUGCCGGAUUACAAGACAUUCCCCCUCUACCAGCCCACAAUGACACUUGCUCAAGUCUGCCCAAAGCUGAGUAGCAAAGGAAGAGAUCUCUUACAGCGAUUGCUCAUCUGCAAUCCUGCAGUUCGAAUGAGCGCUGAAGAUGCGAUGGCUCACUCAUACUUUGCCGAUCUCUCAACUUCCAUUCGCAAUGGUUAGAGGCAGUAGAGACAAAGAAACUCCACUGGAUAAGUGAACAUGGGUGGAUAUAAGUUUAUCACAUUAUUGAAAGAUUAUUGUAAAAGAGAACUUUAUCUUUAUAUGAGUAGUGUAUAGGAAGACAAUAGAUUUGUAGGUUUUGAAGUUUCCGGGUUGGAAGAAAAUUGCCAAAAGACCUUUCUUAAUUAUGUUUUAUAUUGAAUGUAAUUGAAGAUGUUGUUUUGCCUUCUUCUUCUUCUUCUUCUUGUUCUUUGUCUUACCCUUUUUCAUCCCUUUCUUAUUUUAUUCUUUCUUAUAAGAGGUUGAGUUAUGAGGUAAUGAGAAAGUAUAUCCCCCCUCCUGUAUCAGGAACUGUGUGCGUCUCUAUGUGUGUGAUGUUUGGGACAUCUAGUGUGUCUUCUUAAUGUCAUUCUCAUUUUAAACACAACAGAAAAUAAAACUUAAGGGGACAGUCUAUGCAAUCUGUGGUAAGUAUUGUUAGUUUUGGUAAUACUGAGAUGUAUGCAUUUUUAUACUUUUCAGCCUAAUCUACCUGCCCCAAGCUUACUAAGCCGCUCUUGAGUUUCUGAAAGGUAUUUUACUCCUUUGAAUUUACUCCCCAAGAUUGAAAACUUUCUUUGAAAAAUUGGUUACUCUGCAGUGCUUUGUUCAUAUAUUGUAGCAUAUGUCGGGUAAGUUUUGAAGCUUAUAAAAUUUUGCAUGGAGUGAUACCAUUGUCAUAUACUUAUGGAAGUAUUUUAACAUGUAAGAUUUUUUUUUCCCCCUUUACAAGAAUAGUAAUUGAGCUGUUCCACAAAAUAUUAAGCUUUGACUUUUUCUUUUUUCUUUUUUUGUGUAUGUCUGGGAACUUUCAACCUUUAAAGAGAAGCCCUGGGCUUGCUAAGCUCACCCCCACCCCCACCUUUUACAGCCAGGAAGAGCUAAAACCUGUUCAAGCCGACCCAUCAGAAGGCAUGUUGUCUUACCGGACAGUGUUUAUUGUACUUUAUGUGUGUGUAUAAAUGCUCUUAUCCUUUUUGCAGACUUAGGAUAGCUUACAGUCCUUUAUAUAUUUCUCUUUAUGUAGGUAUGUGUACUUCAUAUGCAAAGAUUUUUUUUUUUUUUUUUUU